AUGUCGAUCUUGAGUUUCCGGCGGAAGGACACCGCAUUGUCCUCUGCCUCCACGCUCCUGGGCACGUCUAUCACCAAUGAUGGCGUGAAUAAGCCGGCAGGUCCUCUUGGACUGAACCUUCUUCAUUCGCCUUCGAAGCCGCUUGUUGACUUUGUAUUCGUGCACGGUCUAGGUGGUGGUUCGCGAAAGACAUGGAGCAAGACGAAACUCAUCACAGACUACUGGCCCCAGGAAUGGCUUCCCAAGGACCCUGCUUUCAAAGACGUGCGGGUACAUAGCUUCGGGUAUGAUUCAGACUGGACCAAGCGUACCGGGAGCUUCAUGGAUGUACAUCAUUUCAGCAAGGCAUUACUUGGCGAGAUGUUUACAUCACCAUGCCUUGAAUCCUCAAGGACGCCUCUUGUGCUCAUCGGGCAUAGCAUGGGAGGCUUAGUGAUCAAGAAAGCUUACAUGCUUUCGAAGCAGGCCAAAUGCUACGACUUGCUCUCACAGAGAAUUCGCACCCUUUAUUUCUUAGCGACGCCUCACAAGGGCUCUGACUCGGCUAGACUUCUGAAAAACAUUCUGCAGAUGACAAAUAUGUCUGUUCCUUACGUGGCAGACCUUGAAAAAGGCUCUGUAGCUAUACAACAUAUUAAUGAUGAGUUUUGCGAAUUCGCUACUGAUCUGGAUAUCUGCUCCUUUUAUGAGACGAAAAAGCUGAAGUAUGGACCUCUGAGCACGCUCAUAGUAGAUCCGGACUCCGCAAUUCUAGGCUAUCCUGAGGAGAAGCAAGUACCGAUGAAUGCUGAUCACCGUUCAAUAUGUAAAUUCGACACGCCAAUGGAUCCAAGCUAUGUGACUCUCCGCAACGCUUUGGCGCUUACUGUUCAGCAACUUGCUAGCUUAGUAACCAAGACUGAAGAAAGUCAACGGCAUAGCCAGCUCGCCCAUCUGUCCACAUAUUUAAAAAUGCCUUUUCGUGCGGAAGAUGAUUUUGUCAACGUUGAAGAUGCCCGAAUGCAAGGAACCUGUGAAUGGAUUACUUCUAAGGAUAGCUAUCGGGAAUGGUGUGACACAGCUUCGAAUACCCCUAGAGUACUCUGGGUGACUGGCAGACCGGCAGCGGGUAAGUCUGUACUCGCAGGCUAUGUCAUUAGUCAGCUAGAACAGCAAAGUUUCGCCUGUAGCCACUUCUUCUUCAGGUAUGGUGAUAAGACCAAAUCGCGACUUGAUAUCUGCCUACGAUCAUUGGCUUUUCAGAUGGCUUCUCACAACUCAGGUGUACGGGAGAAGUUUUCAGGAAUGCAAAAGAUGGACGAGAGGCUUGAACUCGCCAGUCCUCGCAACAUGUGGCGGAGACUAUUCAUGUCCGGGAUUUUCAAAACAAUGUUGACUCCACAAUUCUGGGUCAUUGAUGGCUUAGACGAAUGUGAAGAUGGUGCUCUGUUUCUUGAUUCAAUGCUGGCAAGUCUAGAUGACGCAACGCCUUUACGGGUCUUCAUUACUAGCCGGGAAUCUCCUGAGCUCCAGAAGCGAGUAGAUAGCUUUGGCGUCCACAGAGCCCGACAUGAGCGGAUGACCAUUGCGGAUACCCUUCCUGAUAUUGAAUUGCUUGUCAAGACCAACAUUAGGUCUGUGUCCCUGGACAGCGACGAGCAACGUCAAGACUUGGUCGGCAAGCUUCUCGCGAAAUCAGAAGGCUCGUUCUUGUGGACAGCUCUUGUUUUAGAAAGUCUUUCUAAAUCCUACGGCGAGCAAGAGAUAAGCCAAUCUCUCGAAGACCUUCCGCCGGACAUUGAAAACCUGUAUCAAAGGACUCUGUAUACAUUAAGCAAAGCUGGAAGUGGGAAGAGAUUUGCUCAGGCAGCACUGAUGUGGACAGCAUGUGCAUUCCGGCCAUUGACAACAAGGGAGCUCCAAACAGCGCUACAACUCGAUAUCAAAGAUAAUUUCUCUCGGAUUGAGGAAAGCAUAAUGGCAGUGUGCGGCCACCUAGUCGUCGUGGAUAAAACAAAAAGGGUGCAUAUGGUUCAUGGGUCGGCAAGGGAAUUUCUCUUGAAGGGUAAAGUUGGGUCAGAAUUUGCGAUCAGUAAAGUCAAGGCACAUACACGCAUAGCCCGAGCUUGUCUGGCCUACCUCGUAGGACCUGAAAUGAAGCCACCUCGCACAAGCAGGCGUGGCCUAUCAUCUGCAAGGCCUUCGACAAAGAGGGACGACUUCUCAGCUUAUGCCUGCUCAGCAUUCUCCUACCAUCUUAGCAAAGCCGACCCGCUUUCAAGUGACAUACUACUAAGCUUUGAGAAAUUCUUGAAAUCAAAUGUUUUGUCGUGGAUUGAAGCCAUCGCGCAAGAGAAAGAUUUGAAGCCACUGAUACGGACUGCGAACAACAUCAAGAAGUAUUUUAGCCAUUGCGCGGUCGUAAGGUCACCUCUUGGUCAUUCCAUGCACCUAAUCAAAGGCUGGACGAUAGAUCUCGUUCGUGUUGUAACCAAGUUCGCCGAUGCUCUAAUACUUUCGCCAUCAGCAAUAUAUUCGCUCAUCCUUCCCUUCUGUCCUUCGGACUCUGUUAUUUGCAAGACUCCAGGUAUAGUGCAUAGACUGGCCGUCAUAGGCAUUUCGAACGCUCAGUGGGAUGAUCGGUUGUCCUGUAUCGAUUUCCGAGAACAUCUGACGACCGCCCUUUCUUCUGGAGACGAUUAUUUUGCAGUAGGGCUGAUUUCAGGAAGCAUCGUGAUAUAUCAUCUAUCUUCAUGUCAAUAUUAUAAAGGCUUGAUGCACGGCGAAGUUGUGAAACACUUAAAAUUCAAAAAUAGAACAGCUAUAAUGGCAUCUUGUGGAAGGAAGUUGAUUCGAGUAUGGGACGUUAGCAGUGGCGAUCUGCUUCAUAAUUUUCAAGCGCCAUUGCAGGUUUUAGAUCUCUCUUUCAACCACAACUCGCUAAUAGCUGCUUCCUCAAAGAAUCAUGUUGCAAUGUGGAAUCUAAAUGACAAUGGGCCUGAGCUUCGCGAAAAGCCAUGGGACAACGCUAUGAAAGAUUCAAGCGCGCGGUCAUUUCGAGCACCGUGCGCUAUCUCCAUGUCCGUCGGUCAUUCCAUGUUAGCUGUAGCAUAUAAUGGCCAAGCCAUCAUGCUUUGGGACACCGAGGGAGAGGCGUACUUCGGUACUUGUGGCAGGAAGACGACUGGUGGCGAGACUACCACACACAUGGUCACUGCUCUUCUUUUCAACCCCAAUCCUGAUAUUGAGCUCCUGGCUGCGUCUUACCUGGAUGGACAGCUUGUGGUUCUUGACCCAUUUAAUGAUCAAGUAGUAGAAGGCUUCCGCGCAAACUGCCAUAUAUUGGCUGCUAGUCCUGAUGGCGUCCUACUAGCGGGUGCCAGUGGAAGCGGUACAAUACAAGUAUACGAAUUUGAAACAUUAAGAAUGCUCUACCGAGUGAGGUCCGCCAAUCUCCAUAUCAAACAGAUAGCUUUCAGCAGAGACAGUCUUCGAUUCUGCGAUAUCAGAGGAUCGCAUUGCAAUAUAUGGGAGCCUCCAGCUUUACUUCGGGAUUCCCCGGGUGAUGACAGCAGCGAAGACACAUCAAAUUCCGUCACAGAUGUCGUUGCCACUGACACCGGAAUCAGGGUCAGCGUAAUGGUACUAGCUCACGAGGCAGAUUGUAUCCUCUGUGGCAAGGAUGACGGGUCUGUCUCUCUUUACGACCUCAAAACUGGAAAGCAAAAGCGCGUGCUUUAUAGUCACAAAACGCAGCUACGCCUUCUCGCAUGGUGGCCGGAGAGAAGAGCUGUCUGUAGCGUCGAUGCUUCGAAUAGUAUAUUCAUGUGGCAAUUAGAAAGGCUGCAACAAACUGACUCAGCGGUCGAGAAGGCAAUAUUCCAAGCUCGGGUUGAUGAUGGCGACGCAAUUGUUCAAAUCUUGAUAGGGGAUGCGGCAGGCAAAUUCGUUCUUGCAACACGAAAUACUGAUUAUCUCUGGAACGUUGAAGGGAAACAAGAAAUGGUUCGAAGCUACGCGGAUGACAGAGGACUUCGGAGGUGGGUACAACAUCAAGAGUCGCCUUUUCACAUCAUUUGCAUUGAGGCAUCAUGUGCUCGAGUCUAUGCUUGGAGCGAUUGGUCAGAAUUCACGUCGGUAUCUCUCCUAUACGAUGUGAGGGGCUUGCAACUAAAGAACGUCUACACGUGUACUGUGGAUCACCAAGCGCGCCUGCUCUUAGAACUUUCGAAGAUUGAGGGAUCGCUCGCAACGCACGCCUUGCAAUUGUUCAAUGCAGAGUCUUUCGUUAUCCAAGACCCCGACAGAAAUGCCGCGGUACCAGGCACGGACGAUGAAGACCUAUUAGUCCCGCUUCCCAGUCUAAAUUUUGCAGCUCUUGCCGUUCAGAUGGUGCAAAUUGUUGGGGUCUUGAAUGAUUCGCAGUUGGUGUUUUUUGACAUUCACUCUUGGAUUUGCUCGACCCAGCUCAACAGCCUUGAUGGAGGCUUGUCAUCAUACUCAAGACAUUUUUUCGUCCCUCAUGAUUGGUAUGCUGGGGCAAGAGAAAUUUCGUGUAUUGUGACUGGCAAGGAUGUGGUAUUUGCACGAAACGAUGAAAUUGUAAUUGUCAAGUCUGGACUUGAAUUCAACGAAGAAGUCAAGAUACAAGCUGUAUAG